AUGAUUGAAAGCUGCGAGCGUGACGCUUCCGACUACGACAUGAUGCUCGCCCAACAGCACACCAUGUUGUGGAACGAGGACAAGUAUCUCAGCUUGUGCCCCGGAGCCAAUCAAGUGCCUUUAAGUCUCCUCUUUGACGAACAUGCUGAAGAACUUUCGUUUCCCGCGAUAUACCUCGGCCAACCAAGAACAUUCACAGUGGACCGUGUGACUGCUUUCAUGAUGGCAUCCAGUGAAAUCAGGCGAAAAGAUCGCCGUGGAGCCACGCCCCAGCAUAUCUUGUACAUGGCUAUGAAAGUGCUGCGCAUUCGCAUACGAGACGGAAUGCAAGUCACCUUCCGAAGCACACGUGACACAGCCGGUAUCACAAAGCGCAUGAUUGAGGACAUUGACUUCAUCGAGACGUGCGUGAACAACAGUCUCUCAUUCCUCAGGACGAUUCCCAACUCGCUAUCCUACUGGUCAGCUAGAAAAAAGGAUGUUUUCUCCAUGAUGAGACAGCUAGGUAAACCGACUGUUUUCCUGACACUCAGCUCCUCAGAGUUUCGCUGGCCCGAUCUGCUUCACCUACUGUACCGCCUGCGAAAUGAUGGAGCGCCCUUUCACGGAGACCCUCUGAACGACAUGACAGCCUUGCAACGAACGGAGCUGGUGAACCAAGACCCUGUGACAUGCGUGCUGUAUUUCAACAAGCUCGUGGAUGUCUUCCUCGCCAUUCUGAAGCACCGCAGCGCCUCUCCGUUUGGAGAUUACAGGGUUCUAGACUUCUUCAAACGAAUCGAAUUCCAGCACAGGGGAAGUGCACAUGCCCACAUUCUCCUGUGGCUGGACAAUGAUCCCCAUGAAGAAGUCAGCGAGCACAUGCCGAACACAUGCCAUCUGAUCGACUCGCUUGUGAGCUUGGAACACAAAGACAUCCUUCCGAGACCGGACGAUCAACACCACUCGCAUACGUUCACCUGCUAUAAGAAGGCUGCAUCAAAGUGUCGCUUUGGCGCCCCUUUCUGGCCAAUGACACACACACGUGUGUUGCUCCCCAUGAGCACUGACGAUGAGCGCCGCAAGCUUUACCAGGACAUCUUUCACAAUAUGCACGACCAUCUCGAGACAAGAAGUUAUGACAGUCUCGAAGCAUUUUUAGCAGCACACGACAUGGAUGAAACUCGGUACCUCGAUGUCAUCCGGGCUGGCAUCAAGCGUCCUAUGGUAUUCUUGAAAAGGCGCAUCGAUCAGAUUUGGGUGAGCCCUUUCAAUCCCUACAUUGGUACCAAGCUCCGUUCUAACAUGGAUCUGCAGUACAUCCUAGAGGAGUACUCGUGCGCAACGUAUGUCCUUGAUUACAUAAACAAGACGAAUCGCGGUGUAAGCGACCUUCACCGCAAACUCAUUCAGCUGCGUGAACAGUAUCCCGAUGCUGACUACACCGAUACGUUGAAGAAACUGGGAAUGGACGUUCUCAAUAGUGUGGAAAUGAGCAGCCAGGAGGCAGCUUGGUACCUUCUUCGGCUUGCCAUGUCCAAGUCUAGUCGCGAUAUUGUCUUCAUUCCUACCUGCUGGUACGAUGAGCGGCAGCGUGUCAAGAAGACACGCGCGCAGCUGCGCACCCUCGAUGAUGAAGACACGAACGUUUGGAAGGAGACUUGCAUCGAAAAGUAUGAACGCAGACCGCCUCACCUUGAAGAUGUGACAUUAUCUCAGUUCUCGGCCCACUACUACAACAAGAGGGACGGCAGCUACGCUAGAAGAAGUGUGCCUCGCAUCAUAAGGUACAUUGGUUACGAUCCUGCAAAACAAAGAGACUACCAAAGAGAGAUUGUGCUGCUGAACCACCCGUUCCGAAGUGAGGUAGCCGAUAUCCUCGAUUGUGACAAGUUUGCCACCAUCUAUAAUGACAACAAAGUGCUCCUCCAUGAACGCAUGCAGGAAUUCUGCUCCAACCUAGACAUUCAAAAAACGCUCCAGAUCUGCGAGGCGCUGCACGCCGCAGAGCCAUACGAGGCGCACGAGACGUCCGCUCUUCAUGCCGGCGCUGUGAUUGCAAAACGAAACGCUGCAGAAGCCGAACUGGAACAACAUGAACUUCGCACAAAAAUGAUGCGACCUAAUAACGAUGACAUUUGCGAGGCUGCAAAAACAAAGCUUUCUGCAGUCGUGAAGAAGCGCGACAACGUGAUGUCUGCCGAAGAGUUCCGGUAUAAAUUUAGGAUGGUGAACCGCGGCCAAUAUAAGCUGCUUCUGCACUGUAUGCACUGCCUCAUUCCCUAUGGAGAGGGGCAUUCGCUACCCCCGCUACAGACCUUCCUUACCGGACCGGCAGGCAGUGGAAAGACCUUUGUCAUGCGCCUCAUGAUGGACAUUGUCAACAGGUUGUGCACCUCUGAUGACAACACCAAUGCGUACAUUGCCUGUGCGUCAACCGGCAAGGCUGCAACAGCCAUCGAUGGCACCACCAUACACUCUGCAUUUAGGAUCGUGCAAGCUAGGCGUCAUGGACCUGGGAUGAACGUCGAUACCGUAAGCAUGUAUAGAAGCGGCAUGCGGGAUGUAGUGGCUGUGUUUGUGGAUGAGGUGAGCAUGAUCGGCGCUGACAUUCUCACUGAAGUAAACCGCCGUCUACAGCAGAUAUGCUUUCGAUUCGACGUCCCAUUCGGAGGCCUUCACAUGAUACUUUGUGGUGACCUGCGCCAGCUGCCACCCGUUCGUGCCAGGCCUAUCUACAAGAGGGACACCAAGAGCUUGGCUGGUUCCGAGACGAUAUGGCAAAUGCUCAAUUUCUACCCUUUGACUGAAGUCAUGCGUCAGAGUGAUGUCGCCUUCUCAACAGUUUUGACGAAGAUUGGUGACGGUGACCGCCUCACGCAAGAAGAGACAGAUUUCAUCGAAAGCCGCUUCGUCACUAAGUCAGAGGCAGAACAAUGCUGCCCGGAUGCCAUUCGCCUCUUCCUGAAGAACUGCGAUGUUACAGCAUACAACAACAUGGUCCUUAGUCGAAACUCCGACGUGUUUACCUCUGUAGCCAAAGACGUUAUGAUCGGCUGCAAGGACGCCAAUCAGGAGGCAUCUAUGAGAUCUAAGAUUCACAAGAUGACUGUUGCAGAAACAGCUGGGCUGGCAUAUAAAGUAUCCCUUGUUCCGAAAAAGAAGUACAUGAUAACCGCGAACAUUGAUGUUGCAGACGGUCUCACGAAUGGCUCCAUGUGCACUCUUAAGCACAUUGAACUUCAAGAGGACGGCCUCCUCCACAGAGUGUGUUACGUAAACUACUUUAGUUACCACAAAGGGUUGCUCAUGGUCAUCGACGUUGGUAGUCGUGAUGGAGGAGACGUGCCACCAGGCGUCAACGUGGGUGCAUCAACGCCUAAGGGCGCUUUAGCCACAAAACACCAAUAG